AUGAAUUUUUACUUAUUGGGAGGUAUUGGAGGCUGUGCUAUUUUGCUAGUUGCAGUACUUGGCUUAGGAUUAAUUUUAAAAAUUUUCAUAUGCAUAUUUGCAUUGAUUUUAGGGAUAUUGACUUGUAUAUAUAAAAAGUAUGUACCGAAUCUUGGAAAUGAAAUUAAGUAUAGUAGAGAAAACUUGUAUAAUAAGACUGAAAAAAUACAGAGGCAUAUUCGUGAACUUUCAAAAUCUAAGGUAGCAUUUACUUUGGAUAAAAGAGUAACAGGUAGUCAUAUAAUUGAUGAAUCGUUACAAGAAAUUUUAGAUUUUAUCAUAAGAGAUUAUGUCGAGCCAUGGUAUAGUGUACUGACAAAUGAUGAAGAGUUCAUAAAAUCUGUUAGAGACACAGCGCAAAAAGUUGCGAUAAAUAUCGCUAACAGAGUAAAAGAAGUUGAUUGGAUUCCCUACUUGACAACACGCCUAGUUGACGAUGCAGCAUCUCACAUGCGACUUUACCGUCAAGCACGUGCUAAAAUGAAAAAUGUCAAGAAUAUCAAAGGCAGUAGUAAUUCAAGUACAUCGAGUAGUACACCGAAAAAAUCGCCAACUCAUCGAAGAAAUAAAAGUGAGACUGACAUAUCGUGGUAUUCUCAGUCGAAAUUUUACAUUCCUAAUUUAUCGUCAUUAACUGAACCUAUUGAUUCAAGUUCAGUAGAAGAAAAUGAUGAAGAAAUACUUGAAAAAGUAUUUUUUGAUCUCGAAGUACAGAUGGAAAAUAAUUUAAUAUGUCGAGAUUUAGUGUGUACAAAUGAUGAACAAGAACUUGCCUUUCUAGGUGAAAUAUCGGAAAUUUUAUUAUAUUUAUUGUUGCCAAAAUCUGAUUUCGAUUGUUUAACUGUGAGAUUCAUGUUACGCGAACUUUUGGUUAAUAUGAUUAUUAGACCACUGUUGAAUUUAUUUUCAGACCCUGAUUAUAUAAAUCAAGCAUGUAUAUGGUUAUGUACAAAAGAUUUAAACUUACCUAGUGAUGUAUUUUUAACAAUAAUAAGAAUUACCGACAGCCUAGAAGAAUUAUUAGCAACAAAAGAUAUUGUUUGCUCUGAAAUAGCACAUUUACGUUCUAAAGAUUCUGGUGGUGAUGAUGAUUUAAUAGUUAAACAGCAAUUGAAUAGUUUACUUUAUGUAAAAAAAAUAUUAGAAACAAGAAUUAUUAGUAUGCACGAGGGAUUGGAUUCUGAAACUGAUGGAAUUGCUUUAAACCCAAAUUGGAAUCGGUUACUCGUUCCAGGACAUAAACUAGUUAAUUUACCACUAGAUGAAUUACUUAAAAAUAAUAUCGCUUUGAGUUAUUUCAUUGAUUACAUGACAAGUAUUAACAAUGAAGCUUAUCUGUAUUUUUAUUUAAAUAUAUAUGGUUGGAAAGUAUCUGCUGAACAACAAAUAUCGGACAUUGAAUUACAAAAAAUUAAGAGUUAUCAAACGUCGGGAAAUUCUACUUCUCGCCGCAAAAACAUUAACUUGGAAAAUUUAAAAGAAGCUGCAUCCAAAAUAUAUCAACAAUAUUUAAGUGAUAAAGCAUCAGUGAGGUUAUUACUUGAUGAUACCUUAGUUAAAAAUUUACUAACACGAAUUAAAACAGAAACUGUUAAAGAAACUUGGUUUGACGAAUUGCAAGCGUGUUGUUAUGAAAAAUUACAAAAUGAAGAUAAAUUUUUACCAUCAUUUAAACGUUCAAUGUCGUAUGUUAAGCUUUUAGCUGAAUUAGAUUUACUGAAAGAGGUAGCAUCUGAAGACGAUGGUAAAUCAUUUGAUGAAAUAAGUGUUUCAAGCAUCAAUUACGAAUCCGAUCCUCUUCAAGAUACAUCUGAUGAGCACCGUGCUGCUAAUCAAUUGAAAUUAUCUCAUGAAAGUAUUAAGUCUAAUUCGAAUUCUUCAACAAGUCUACCGAGUAUAGCAAAGCAUGAGAAUAAAAGUGGUCAUGAUGAAUUGGAUGCAGACAUUAGUGGUUUAAGAAAUACCAACCGAGUCCGUAGCACUUCUUAUAUUGACUCUGAUCCAACAGUAGUUGACGUAAAAAAUUCAACAUUUUAUGUUGAAUCUAAUGCAGAUCAGGUUAUUAAACUAGAUGAUAAUACUUGCAAUCAAAAUACUAUUCGUAAAUUACAACAAGGACAUUUUGAGUUAUCCGCUGAAAUCAUUGAAACAGGAGUAGUUAAUGAUCGGGGUAAAACUUAUGGAAUUUAUGCAGUUGCCGUUAAUAAAAUUUAUGAUUCUGGAUAUAAAGAAAAAUGGCAUAUUUAUCGCCGAUAUUCAGAUUUUUACGAUUUACACCAAAAAAUAAAAGAAAAAUAUUAUGAUUUAGCUAAACUGCCAUUUCCAGCAAAAAAAGCUUUUCAUAACAUGGAUCGAGCUGUUCUUGAACGUCGAAUGAUUAUGCUUAAUGCAUGGCUGUACAGACUUACUAAGCCAAGUAUUAUGGAUGGCCAUCUAGGAUUACAAAAUUUAUUACUUUCAUUUUUGGAGCAAGGUGACUAUGAUAAGGGUGUCACCGGUGGACAUAUAUCGAAAACAAUCGAUACUUUAGUUAAUCCAUUAAAAACAUCUAUGAAAACCAUGACUCAAGCAGUAAAAACUAUGCCGGAUAAUAUGAUAAGCACAGUAGAUGGUGUGAUGGAUAAUAUUAGUAAAUUUUUUGGUAAUCCUCGAAAAAACAGCAUGCUUUAUGAGAGUGUUAAAGUUGGAGCGUGUAUUGAUACUGAGACUGAUGAUAACAUACCUCUGAGAAUUAUAUUACUGUUAAUGGACGAAAUAUUUGAUUUGAAAGUACGGAAUCAAUGGUUACGACGGCGAAUUGUUACGUUAUUAAGACAAAUAAUUCGAACAAUGUUUGGAGAUAUCGUUAAUCGACGUAUAGUUGAAUAUGUAUCAUUGUUAACGAGUCCUAAAAAUGUUGCUACCUAUUUACGAUUAUUCAAACAAAGUCAUUGGCCAAAUGGAGUUAAAGCAGAAGCCAAGCCACCUCGGAAUAAUGAAACAAAAAACAGAACUCGUGUGGCAGCUAAAGUUGCACUACUUUCAUGUCUAUCUGAUGAACUAAAACAUAUUAUAGGUAGUGAAACAACUAGACGAGGAUUAUUACGAGUAUUUGAACUCUUUCAGCGUCCAGUACUCAAUAGACGAUUGUUAUAUGUACUACUUGAGGGUAUUAUCGAAAAUUUAUUUCCUCAGAAUGAUUUGGUUACAAUUAUUCACAAAUUAUACUCAGUUUCUCCUAGAGUUAAAAGUAAAAAAAUUCAUUCUUGA